AUGAUUCGUUGUGAAUUUAAUGAAUGUUUUGGACGACAAAUAUCUAUUAUUAUUAUUAUUAUUGCUGUCAGUCAUCAAAAACUAUUUAUUUUGACCGAUCAUUGUGGUUUAAUGGCACAAGAAAAAACUAAACAAACUUCUGUUUCAUCUACUCGUCAGAUAGCUCAUACACGUCUUUAUGAUGAUGAUGCAGUGUAUUCAAAAUAUGAAAAAUUAAAUAAAUUAGGUGAAGGAUCAUUUGGAACUGUUUAUCGUGUUAGAAAUAUAGAAACAGAUGUAUAUUAUGCGAUGAAAACAAUACAAAAAAAACCUGGAAAUAAAACAAAAGCAUCAAUACUUGAUAAUGAAGUUAAUUUACUAAAAAUACUUAAGCAUAAAAAUCUCAUUGAACUUCAUGAAGUACUUGACUCACCACAGAAUUUAUAUUUAAUUAUUGAAUUAUGUGAAGGUGGUGAAUUAGGUACACAUCUUAAAAAUAUGGGACCAUUACCAGAAGAAACGGUGAAAAAAAUAAUGUGGAAAUUAGUUGAUGCCUUAUGUUAUCUUCAUAAAAAGGAUAUUAUACAUCGUGAUCUUAAAUUAGAAAAUAUUUUAUUAAAAAAUACUCCAACAAGUAAAACAGAUGAAUUUGAUAUUCGAGUUACAGAUUUUGGUUUAAGUUUAAAACAGAGUAUUACAAAUACUGAUACACUUCUUAAUGAAUAUUGUGGAACUCCACUUUAUAUGGCACCUGAAAUGUUAGAUAAUAAAAAUUAUAGUGAUCUUUGUGAUGUAUGGGCUUUAGGUAUUAUCAUGUAUUAUUUAAUAUCUGGUCGUCCUCCAUAUUCUGCCAGUAAUGAAAAACGUUUAUUGGAAGUAAUUCGUACAAAAGAACUUCGAUAUGAUUCGGAAAAAUUCAAAAAACUAUCUCCCGAAGGACUUGCUUUUUUACAAGGUAUGCUUAAGUAUGAUACAGUUAAACGUAAAAAAAUGGGAGAAUUAUUUCGACAUCCAUGGUUGACGGGUCAAUCGGAUAAAGGAGAAACAAAAGAUAUAUUUACACUGAUGCAAGAAUUUCAAGCUGAAACCGAACGACCUCGUUUAAGUCCAGAAAAUAAUCAUGCAACAACAUCAGAUCCAAAUGAAACCAUUUCACAAUCAACAUCAAAUAAUCAAUCAGAAAAUUCUUUACCAUUACCUUCAACUGAUCAAACGAAAUCAAUACCAAAUCAAACAAAAACUAAUUCACUAGAACGACGACCAACUAUUGAACGACAUAAACUAACUGUUAAAACAAAUCGAAAUACAUCUGAUACAAUAAAAAUAUCAAGACGUUCACAUGAAUUAGAUGUUACUUCAUCGACUAAUCAUCAAUUAAUUAGACAAAAUGAUACUACUACAUCAGAUUUACCUGAUUCUGAUCAAAAUAUUUCAUCCAUUCCUUCAUUACAAACAAUAUCAUCAAGAUUUCGAUCAAAUAAUCUUCCAUUUGAUCGUUCUCAAUCUCAAGGUGAUUUAAUUUUAACAUCAAAAUCGUCUCAACAACGUUUAUCAACAAAUAAUUCACUUGGUCUUGGCACUUCUCCAUCACAAUCAAGUAUAACUCCACGUUCUUCCGUAACAACUACUGUUAUGAUGUUGAAAAAAAAUCGUUCAAAUGAUUCAACAUCAUCUCUUCCAAGUAUUUCAAAUCAUCAUCAUCAUCAUCAUACUAAUAAAAUAUCUCUAGCCGAUAAACAUUAUAGUAAUCACUCAUAA